GACAGUCGGCGGCGGCAGGUAAACUGUAGUACUUUCUUCUUCUGUCUAAUCAGCUGACCUUCCGGCCAAAACGUUGGACGGGGUACUGUAAACUGAGAAACGCACAGCAAACAUAUGGACAGGCAUCUCGAGCAGUCAGUGCGCGCACACACGAUCAUACGCAUAUUCGCCAAACUGUUGACCGGACCGAGAAAAUUUUAACUACCGCACAGGGAAUUCGGAAAAAAGAUAAAAAGUUAUUAGUUUUUCAUCCGACCUUGCGUUUUGGAUUUAUUUAUUUUUCCUGGUAUUUAACUGUUUCGGUUUGCUCAAAAUUGCACUUACCGCAAGCUUAAUAUUAAAAACAUAAUUUUUAAAUCACAACUCAGAACAGUGUUUGCCGGUGGUGACGAUUUAAAACGUAAAAUUCGUUAUUGUGUGCCGGUUUAUUAACGUUGUGUAUAAUUCUAGCAACUUAAACUUUUGGUUAUUUUUAAAAUUUUUGGAUACAUUACUAUUGAAUACGGACGAAACAUUGGGGAGAAAUCACGUGCCACCGGAAGGUGCUCGUCAAAUAACUUUGAAGACACACCGUUGACAAAAUAGUCAAUAUGCAAAGUCGUUUAACUUUAUUUUUAUCGGCCUGUACUUUGUUGCUGUUAUUGACUAAUCGAGAAAAUAAAUGUUACGUUCAAAGUGUACCGAUCUCCGAAACUUAUGAUUUGCCAGCAGGAACAGAAUUCAAAAAUGGAGUGCCAAAAUCAAUCGACCACGACGUUCAAGAAUUAGAGAAAUUAAAAAUUCCAGAUAAAGUUGAAGAAUCAGUGUCUAUUCUCAAAUCACGUGAAUCUGUGUACACAAAUAACAAUGGGAAAGAAAAGGCUAUAGAUAAAAUACAACAGCAAGUGAACAAAAAUGGUGAACUAUUAGCAAAGUUGGAACAAAAGGUGAUGUCGAAAAACGACAGAGAAAACAACGGCCGUCCAGAAACUAAUGUAAAUUUAUCAAUUGAUAUUCCAAGUAAGGGAAUACAUAAACAGACUUCAUAUACUUCAAAUGAAGAACCUAAAAAACAGAACUAUAAACGUUUUGACAAAAAAAACUAUGCUUCCUCAUAUCAAUCACCUGAUUUUGAUGGAGACGCAUCUCCCCAGGAUAUGGCUGAAUACAUUUUUUUUACCAAAGAUGAUAAAUCAGUUACCCAAGCUAUCGAGAAACUUAUUCAGGAAGGAAGGCUCGAUCGAGAAGCAGCAUUGGCUUACUUGGCACUGAUUGAUAAAGAGUUAUACCGUUUAAACGUUCGAUACUCAGAUACACCAUUAGACGUGAGCAAGGAUUUUGACUCGCCGAUUAAAUAUCACAAAAGUUAUGAUUCGCCCGAAUUCAAUGACAUCUUAGAUGAUACUUCUGCCGAACUCAAAGAAAUACAACAGAUACUGAGAGAAAAAUUUGAUAAACGCAAUAAAGUUUUAGAUGAAGAAGACGAUGAAACGCCACACGAUGACCGUAUGAGAAAAAUUUUAGAUGCAAAAAUGCGAUUAACUGACUCUCAGUACCAGCAGUUGUUGGAAAGUUUGUCAUCGAUUGACUAUACUUACGCUCAAACUAUGAUGGACGAAAUAAUUUAUCAGCUGGCAAAGGUCAUGUUCAAUCAAGCAUUAUACAUAGGAGGCACAGAAGCUCAAGAAUCCUUACAAAAAUUCACUGAUUUUCUAGAAGCUGAAGCGAGUCAAGGAAGAAUUUCUAGAGCUCUAGAAAAAAAAAUUUUAGAAUUACUGAUACUUUCAUUGUCGGACACUUUGAAUGAACAUCCUGAACUAUUAGCAGCAGCAAAACAAGGGUUCAGCAAAUAUUUAGAUACAUAUCCGAAUUCAAAGCUUGAUUCAGUACGGAAAGCAAAUGAACUGAAUGAACAUAAAACUAACAAAGUAUUACAAAAAAAAAAUUAUGCGACAUCUGUAAAGCAGUCGAUCAAAACUUCUGGUUUAGAGGAUGAAGACAAUGUAAAAAUAUAAAUUAGAAUGAUAUUAAGUGAUAUAUAUAUAUAUAUAUAUUGUAAUUGUAUUAUAUGAUUUAUUCCCAAAUCAUUUUAUGGUAAAAUUAAUAAAUUAAAGAACCCUUUUCA